GUUUAGGCAGUUAUUUGAAACCUAAACAGACUCGUGUUUGUUCGUUCAUAAAAUGUUAAAUUGAACGUUUUAGCAAUAAAUAAUUCGUAAACAUUCCACGUCGGCACAGUAAAGGGCUUCAGGAUGGAGCAGCAAGAAGCUAGAGAGUGGGAUGCCGUUAACAGGUUGUUGCAGCAUCAUGGAUUCAAACCCGUGAACUUUGCAGAUCCAACAGAGAAUACGAAUCUUGCAGAGUUGGUUCUGUUGGAGCGCAAGUCCGCGGCAGACAUAAGGGUGAUGUUGAAAACUAUGCUUGCAGAUUCUGAAAGAAGACAAGGUCUGAUCCAAGAACUCAUUCAGUCCAACGGCUUAUUAAAAGAGGAGGCACAGCAGCAUCAGGCACGAUCCACCCGUCAUUCUCAGAGGGCGGCUGAGCUGGAGGGCAUCCUAGAUGGCGUGAAGGUCAAAGUUCAAGACCUUGAGGACUUGUACAUUGGUAAAACCGCCCAACAGCACAGCCAGUUCACACAGCUACAGCAGGAAAAGAGAGAUGUGGAGAGACAGUGUCAGUCUCUGGAGCAGAAGCUCUCACAGGAGAAAGAGCAGGUCUCUCAGCUACAGAAGAAACUCCAGUUUGCAGUGAGGGAGGAAGAGAGACGUAUAGCCCGACAGAACCAGAGCUUCCAGCAGAUCCAUGGCAGAUCAGCUCGACACAACUCCACCACCGACCAGCAGAUUUUGGAUGUCAUUGCCGUCUACGAGUCCCAAGUGCAGCAACUAUGUAAUGAACUCAAACUGUACAAAAGUAGCUCAGGAGAGAACGACUCCUUAAACUCCCAGAAGAACAUGUAUAUUACGGACAAAGAUGUCACUGACACGUCAUCCAACUACAAAACCCUUUUGAAGUCGUACCAGAAGCAGCUAAAGGAGACCAAAGCUCAGCGAGAAGAACUCAGGACUGAAAUCCAGCAGCUUAAAGAAGAUCUGGAGUCCAGACCCACUGUAAAAGAACUGAAGACCUGCAAGCAGCAGUUGAGACGCAUGGAUCGGAUUAUUCAGCAGAACAUCAGGUCAGCUCAAGCACUGAAAACACAGAACAUGCCAGAGACGCUAAACAUCGAUAACACCAGCAUACAGUCCCAGGAGGCCUCCACCUGCAAGAGAUACCUUAUGGACGUUUGCAAGGAACUCAACGUUUGUGACGUCAAUCAUAUAGUUUCUUCUGUGAAAGUUCGAUGCAAAGAGGCAAAAUCUGCCACCAAACUGGAGAAGAUUCUUCAUGACAUCACAGCAGUCCUGACCAAUCCCAGGGCUCCGCUGGGGUUGCUGAGACAGCGUGCACAGGCUUCUAGAGAUCCCAGUCAGGAGGUUGAGUUUGAGCAUAUUAUUCCCACCCUGGUAGUUUGGAGCCAACAACUUAACUCUCUAGCAGAUCUUCAUCGUGCCCUUAGUAGACUGCAGAAGAGGUUGUUGCCAUGGCAGCCAGAGGGCAGUAUAACUACUCCUUUGGAUUCAGUGCGGAUGGAAGACUUAAUGCUUAUCGUUGAGACACUAUUAGAUGAAACGGCAUCAGAUGACAAGGUUCUGCGAAGUCCCACUAGACACACGCUGGAGUCCAUGGUCGCCCACUUCCAAAAGCUCUUUGACGCCCCCUCCCUGACAGGAGUUUAUCCACGCAUGAAUGAGGUCUACACCAGGCUGGGCGAGAUGAACAAUGCCAUGCGGAACCUUAGAGAUAUUUUGGACUUGGAUGAUAGAGCGCCUCCUAGCGAAAUAGUCAACAAGGUCGCCAGAAUCGUGUCUCUGUCUGGUAACGUCGCAGGUCAGGAACUUUAUAACCUGUUGGAAACCACUGACAUAGACAGCAUUAUCGUAAAGAUAAAGGAACAUGAAGAAUUUUUUCCAGUUUUCCAUUCUUUCAUACUGGAGCUUCUACAAACUCUGAGUGAGACCUAAAACUUUUAUUCACAUUUCAUCAAGAAUAUCAAG